AUGCUAAAAAUGUGUGAAGUGCCUUAUUGCAAGAAAAUUGGUGCACACCAAUUCCCUAAGAACGCUGAAGUAAAAACAAUGUGGCUUAAAGCUAUAAGAAGACAAAAUUUUAAGCCUAAAAAAAAUUCGAGGUUAUGUCGUAAUCAUUUUUUAGAGACGGAUUAUCAAAAGACCAGCAUUUAUACAGGUAAUGAACAUCAGCAUCGUUACUUGAAAAAAACUGCUGUCCCAUCAGUGUUUGCAUGGACUACGAAAGCUAUUUCACAGGAAGGUCAAGCUCGAGAGGAACGAUUAUUAGCACGUAAUAUUAAAAAGGCGCUUUUUGAGCAGGCGCACACUUCUGCGCCUAUAUCCAGACCUGAAGACUUAAAUUUUGCUGAAGAAUUUUGUACAUAG